GUCAACGUUUGUAUUGAGUGUUUCUCUCUCUGGAUACCUCCACACGGGUUACACAGAAGAAACAAGGGAAUAUGAAUGCGAUAGUGGAAGCGCUUGCCUUCUUCCUGGGCUUUCUGGGCUGGUUGAUGGUCGGGAUCGCCCUCCCAAAUCGAUACUGGAAGGUAUCUACGGUGGACGGUAAUGUUAUCACCACAUCAACCAUCUAUGAAAACCUAUGGAUGUCCUGUGCAACUGACUCUACCGGAGUUCACAACUGCCGGGAUUUUCCAUCCUUGCUCGCCCUUAAUGGCUACAUUCAGGCCUCCCGGGCACUGAUGAUCGCAGCCAUUGUGUUUGGGACAUUUGGGCUUGCAGCGACUCUCACAGGAAUGCAGUGCUCAAAAAUCGGGGGAGAAAACUACAUCCUGAAGGGGAGGAUUGCUGCAAUCGGAGGAGUGUUCUUUUUACUACAAGGGUUAAGCACCAUGAUUGCUAUUUCUUGGUACGCAGCCAAUAUCACACAAGAGUUCUUUGACCAGUUUUAUCCAGGGACUAAGUAUGAGAUCGGAGAGGGCCUGUAUAUCGGCUGGUCCUCAGCCACACUCUCCAUCUGCGGAGGUUCAUGUCUGUUGUGUGCUUGCAAAUUCAAAACACCCGAUGAAAAGAUGCUGUAUCGAUACCAACAAUCCUCCAGAGAACACGCACUGUCAACUGUGCCAACGUCUCAGUCUGUGCACAGCAACUAUGGAAGAAAUGCAUAUGUCUGAUUGUUAUUGCACAGGAGGGAAAACCAGCAGAGUCAGAAGAAAAUCACCAGACUGAUUGUUUUUAAGAGAGGAUGAACAGUGUUUACUAUUCUCAAGGCACAAUGACAGGGCAUCAGCAGGAAAUACGCAUUUCUAAUCACAGUAUAAUAGUUCAGUUAUAUGGUGGCAGCAGUUAACUUGAUUUGGUUCGGGGAUUUAUUGGCUUUAUAUAAUCUAAACAUGUUAGGGGUAUGUAUAUGUAUACCAUAUGUAAUCUUUAUAUAGUUUGAAAACUGCUUCACUACUCCAGCAUAUAUAUUUACUGUAUGUACAGUCAGGUCUCCUAUAUUAGCCUGCUGUAUGUUGUCCAAUAUCUAAUCCUCAGAUAACUUUUAACUGUUUGUGUCCAAGUCUAUAAAGUUUGUGUUAUAAAGUGUUGUAAUUGUUUGUUAUGUCCAUGUAUGAAAACUUGCUGCAGGUUUUUAGGUUGGCACGAGCAGCGUUUCAAAGGAUUUUGGGGGCUCAGGGAAAAUAGACCUGAAUUUUGGGCUCACAAAAACAUUUGAUACCAAACCACAUCAUUCCAAUCUCCAACCGAUUCGUUCAGAUUCAAAUGUAUAAACAUAGUGCAGACUGUGCAGACACAUGAAUUAUAGUAAAGUAGUACAUUAUGAGUGAAAACAACCAUCCCAUGCGAUCAGAAAUACACAUUUGGACAUUCUAGUCUUCUACCAAACCUCUAAAAUUACAAAGCUUUGGCAGAAAGCUAGUGGCAUUGGGGCUCAUUAUGGGGGGGUCCUCAUCAAGUUGAUGUUGCAGUAGAAUUUAAGGGGGUCUCAAAAAAAUGUUCAUUACUGGACUAAUGUAAUCAGCUGCUCUUAGAGGGGGCUCUUCACCCCUUCCAGUUAAAUGCAUUCAAACAGAAUCCUCUCUCUGUGAGAUAAGAUGGUAAAUCCAGAUAUCUCUUGAUCAAUUAUCUGGAUGAUCUUAAUGGACAUAAAUCGCUUUAGAAGAGGUUUCAAUAAUUAAAAAAUGAUCCACAACAUUCUGUGACUUCUGACUGUGCAGUGGUCAUGUUGGAAAUGUGUCUUUUUUAACCAGGACAGCGGUUAAAACAUUGUCAAGUGUGAUUUUAUAGAUAUGACAUAAAAGCUUCAGUGACAGAGGUGAAACAAAUGUAAACAUUGACUUUGUACGUUCUGUGAAUUUUGAUCAUAGGGUU